CAUUCACUUCUGGAACUGAGCGCCUGUCAUUGUUCCCUUCGCGCGAUCUCUCAUUUACCGUCGCCGCUCUCAAUUCUCCACGUGUUUUCCUCAGCGUUCCCACUGUGCACUGUCGCAACCCAGGUGCCCCCGUGUCUCCUGCGUUGCUUAUGAAUAACAUAACCACGCGCUAGAGCAUGGCCUCUCUCCAGUCAGCACCCAAUAUGGCGGCUGGAAACAUGAGUCUGCCGCCUAACUUGACGCAGCAACACAUCCAAGAAGUACUGGUGAAAUAUAAGCAGAUGCAAGAACAAGGCGUGCGCCAUGACGAUCCCGAGUACCUAAAGGCCCACAAUCUGCUUUCAGCAGUCCAACGGCAACAAGUUUACCAGAAGCAGAGGUUUGCUCAGCAGCAGCAGCAGCUUCAAGCGCAACAACGUCAGCAGCAGCUCAAUGGUGUGGCCCCAGAAGCCACCGCCACUGCCAAUGGCGUUAAUGGCCGCACUAACUCCGCCGCAGCUCCCGUCAAUGUCGUACCAGAUGGAUCUUCUGUUAUGUCUGGAGGUCAGCAGCCUUCAGGUCAGGUCCCUCCUCAAAAAGGCGUGCCCGCUGCCAGCGGUAGCUUCUCUCCCGAGCAACUGUCGAUCCUUCGAAACCAGAUCUUGGCCUUCAAAAUGCUUUCAAAGAACCUUCCGAUUCCGGCUCGGGUUCAGCAACAACUCUUCCCAGCUAAAAAGGCGCAGACCCCGGCACCCGCAGAUGCCGUUGCUACCGCCGAGAACGUUUUGGACAACGCAGCUCAAGGGAAGCCCGAGCAACCCACCAGCGUGGAAGAAGAGGCUCAGCUGAAAGACUUCUAUCAAAGCUUUCAGUCGCCAUACGAUCUGAUACCUAAGACUAUCGGGUUCACUGAUCAUGCCUCUCGUGCUAAUCGCAUGCGCAUUCCCGCUUUGAUACCUGCUGGUAUCGAUAUGGAUCAAGUGCGCGAAGAAAGAGAACUUGCACUCUAUAAUAGGAUCAACGCGCGGAAGGCUGAGUUGGCCGAGCUGCCGGCCAAUCUUGGCGUGUGGGACUCGAGUCAGAGCGAUACUGCCACGGGCGACGACUCCCUGAAGCUGAAAGCUUUGAUUGAAUAUAAGAUGCUCAACCUGCUUCCCAAACAGAAAAUUCUUCGCAAGCAGAUGCAAAACGAGAUGUUCCAUUUCGACAACCUGGGCAUGACAGCGAACCGAUCAAGUCAUCGCCGGAUGAAGAAGCAGAACUUGCGUGAGGCCCGCAUCACGGAGAAGUUGGAAAAGCAACAACGCGAUGCGCGCGAGACCAGAGAAAGGCGCAAACAAACCGAUCAUCUUCAAGCUAUUCUCAACCAUGGUCAGGAGCUCCAGACUGCCGCUGCUCAGCAGCGUACUCGUAUGCAAAAGUUGGGUCGCAUGAUGCUUCAACACCAUCAACAUAUGGAGCGCGAAGAGCAGAGACGUGUCGAACGUACUGCCAAGCAACGUCUCCAGGCCUUGAAGGCCAACGAUGAGGAGACGUACUUGAAACUGCUCGGACAGGCCAAGGAUUCUCGUAUCUCUCACCUCCUGAAACAAACCGACAACUUCCUAAAACAGCUUGCUGCCUCCGUGCGAGAGCAGCAGCGCAGCCUUGCCGAGCGUUAUGGUGAAGAGGAUCAGUUCUUUGAAGAGGAGGAAGAGGAGGAAGAAAUCGCUUCCGGAAGCGAAGACGAGGGUGAUGGCAGAAAGAAAAUCGACUACUAUGCCGUUGCUCAUCGUAUCAAGGAGGAAGUUACUGUUCAGCCAAGCAUCCUUGUUGGCGGUACCCUCAAAGAGUACCAGAUGAAGGGUCUGCAGUGGAUGAUUUCAUUGUAUAACAACAACCUCAACGGUAUUCUGGCAGAUGAGAUGGGUCUUGGAAAGACUAUCCAGACUAUCAGUCUGAUCACCUACAUCAUUGAAAGGAAGAAGAAUAACGGGCCUUUCCUCGUUAUUGUUCCUCUGAGUACCCUGACCAACUGGAACCUGGAGUUUGAGAAAUGGGCGCCUUCUGUUUCUAGAGUUGUUUACAAGGGUCCUCCCAAUGCGCGCAAGCAGCAGCAACAACAAAUUCGCUGGGGCAACUUUCAAGUCCUUUUGACCACCUACGAAUACAUCAUCAAGGAUCGCCCGAUCCUGAGCAAGAUCAAGUGGACUCAUAUGAUCGUCGAUGAAGGUCAUCGUAUGAAGAAUACACAGUCCAAGUUGAGCAGUACUUUGUCGCAAUACUACACCAGCCGGUAUCGUCUAAUUCUUACCGGUACCCCACUGCAAAACAAUCUCCCCGAACUCUGGGCUUUGCUGAAUUUCGUCUUGCCGAACAUUUUCAAAUCUGUGAAAUCGUUCGACGAAUGGUUCAACACACCAUUCGCCAACACGGGUGGACAAGAUCGCAUGGAGUUGAGCGAAGAAGAACAGCUGCUGGUUAUUCGUCGUUUGCACAAGGUUCUCCGACCUUUCCUGCUCCGACGUCUCAAGAAGGAUGUCGAGAAGGAUCUCCCUGACAAGCAAGAAAGAGUCAUCAAGUGUCGAUUCUCCGCCCUGCAAGCCAAGCUCUAUAGACAGCUUGUGACCCACAACAAGAUGGCCGUGAGUGACGGUAAGGGUGGUAAGACUGGCAUGCGUGGUCUCAGCAACAUGUUGAUGCAGCUGAGAAAGCUUUGUAACCAUCCUUUCGUUUUCGAACCAGUCGAGGACCAGAUGAACCCUGGACGCGGGACCAACGAUCUGCUCUGGCGUACGGCUGGUAAAUUCGAACUUUUGGACAGAAUCUUACCCAAGUUCCGUGCCACUGGUCACCGCGUCCUGAUGUUCUUCCAGAUGACUCAAAUCAUGAACAUUAUGGAAGAUUUCUUGCGCCUCCGCGGUCUGAAUUAUCUUCGUCUUGAUGGUUCUACCAAGUCUGAUGACCGUUCGGACCUGCUGAAGAAGUUCAAUGCCCCAGAUUCCGAAUAUUUCUGCUUUUUGCUCUCGACACGUGCGGGUGGCUUAGGUCUCAAUCUUCAAACCGCUGAUACAGUCAUCAUUUUCGAUUCCGAUUGGAACCCCCAUCAAGACUUGCAAGCCCAGGAUCGCGCUCACCGUAUCGGUCAAAAGAAUGAAGUUCGUAUCUUGCGUCUCAUCAGCUCCAAUUCCGUGGAAGAAAAGAUUCUAGAACGUGCACAGUUCAAGCUUGACAUGGACGGCAAGGUCAUUCAAGCCGGAAAGUUUGAUAACAAGUCCACCAAUGAGGAACGAGAUGCGCUCUUGCGCACACUGCUCGAAUCGGCUGAGGCCGCCGACCAAAUCGGUGACCAGGAAGAGAUGGACGAUGACGAUCUGAACGAUAUUAUGGCACGAUCUGACGACGAACUGAUCACAUUUCAGCGCAUCGACAAAGAGCGGCAAAAGAACUCCCCAUACGGCCCUGGCCACAAGUAUCCUCGUCUCAUGUGCGAAGAAGAACUGCCAGAUAUCUAUUUGACGGAAGAAAACCCGGUCACAGAAGAAGUUGAGGUUGACUUGGGUGGCCGAGGUGCCCGUGAGCGCAAGGUGACCCGCUACGAUGAUGGCCUUACGGAAGAACAAUGGCUUAUGGCUGUGGACGCUGAUGACGAUACUAUUGAGGAUGCAAUCGCCAGAAAGGAGGCUAGAGUUGAGCGCCGUCGCAUUAACAAGGAAAAGCGCAACCGGAAGGCCGGUGUCGACUCUUCGCCGGAACCUUCUCGGGAGAGCUCCGAAGCUCCUCAACCCAAGAAACGGCGCCGUGGUCCUGCUCCCAAGCGUAAGGCAGAGGAGGUGGUAGAAGAAGCUCCUCAGCCUAAACGGAAGAGAGGAAGACAAGCCAAACCAGUUGAAACUUUGAGCAGCGAGGACCGGACCAUCCUGCAGCGCAUUGUCAACAACGUUUAUCAGGCGUUGAUGGAUAUGGAACAGGAGUUGCCGGCCGAUUCUUCUGACAGCGAGGACGGGCCUGUGACUCGGUCCAUUAUCGAGCCAUUCAUGAAGCCGCCGCCCAAGUCGCAGUAUCCCGACUAUUACAUGAUCAUCCAGAACCCGAUUGCCAUGGAAAUGAUCAAAAAGAAGAUAAACCGCGAGGAGUAUCAGAAUUUGAAGGACUUCCGGAAUGACAUCCACCUUUUGUGUCAGAAUGCCCGGACUUACAAUGAGGACGGCAGCAUCCUGUUCCAGGAUGCUAACGACAUUGAGGCCAAAUGUCUUUCCGAACUCAAAAGAGAAACAGAGCCUUAUCCCCAGUUUGCCAACUACGACGAUCUGGGCAGCAAUGAUCAGCCCGCCGCUGCCUCCGGCACCGACACUCCCGGUCCUGUUGCAACGCCCAAACUGAAGUUGACAUUUAACAGUGGUAACCGGGACAGCAUGGGACCGAGUGGUGGCAGUGGGAUGAAUGAGGAUGAAUGAACCGCUAAUAGACGCCUUGCAGAUAUAGUGGGCCGAGGUCCGUCAUGUUUAACGUUUUGCAAAACCUUUGCUUAAUUGCACAUUACCUUCUAUACUGUUUUGAUUCUCAUUAUUUUCUUCAUUCUGUGUUUCUUGACAUGCCCUCUUCCGAUAUUUGGCUCCCUGAAU